UUUUGUGUACUCUAAAAUUGUACACUAUUAUUUUAAUAUCCAAUACUAUUGAUAGUUACAACUGUAUAGCGUGAGAAAUGGGGAAUAUAGCAGCACAAAUAAUAGGUGUUACUGAUCCAGAAAGUGUUACGAGGAAAAAAGCAGAAGCAACUUUCGAGGAUGCUGUUGAAAUGACAGGUCAUGGCAAAUUCAACAACUUCGUGCUGUUAACAUGCGGACUGAUCCUACUGAACGUGUCUAUGGAAUCUGUGGGCAUCAGCUACGUUAUAACGGCCGCGGAGUGCGAGCUGGAUCUCGGCAGCGAACACAAGGGACUCCUUAGCGCGUCAGCUUUUAUUGGAAUAGUGAGUACGUCGUUUCUGUGGGGUUUCCUAGGCGACCGCUACGGUAGGCGCGCGGUGAUGACGCCCGCAAUGCUAGCCUCCGUCGCCUUCUCCCUCGCCUCCUCAUUUGCCACCAAUGUCUGGACUAUACUGGUGCUCCGAAUAUUAACUGGUUGUCUUGUGUCAGCGUCGAGUGCGACAGUGUACGCAUACCUGGGCGAGAUGCACGUAAAGUCCCGACGCGCGGCCGCCAUCGCAUGGGGCUCCGCAUUCAUAUCCUUCUCUUUUAUUAUACUGCCAGGUCUCGCGUGGCUGAUCAUCCCGGGUGAAUGGUCGUGGCAGUGGGGCUGGAUGACGAUAGCGCCGUGGCGGGUGUUCAUGUGGUUCUGGGGUUUACCGGCGCUGGUGGCCAGCGCUGCAUUGCUUUCCCUGCCUGAGUCACCGCGCCACGUCCUUGCUACCAAGGGUCCCGACGCUGCGCUUCCCAUUCUAGCCCGCAUGUAUGCCUGGAACUACGGCAAGACUGCCGAAUCGUAUCCCGUGAGUAAGAUCACGUCGAGUACGACUGAGUCGUGUCGCAGCGGGUUCGGAGAGGCGCUGCGUAACAUCUCCCUAAUGGUGCGGCCGCCGCUGGCGCGCUGCGUCCUCAUCUCACACGUCUCUAUGUUUGCCGUCUUCAUGCUGUCGAGCGGUUUAUACAUGUGGGUGCCGGACAUCCUCAACAACAUCUUAAACAGCAAGAGCGAGCAAAGCAUCACAAUAUGUCAGAUUAUACACAACAAGUUUAAAGCCGCGCAGAAUGUCACGCACGUGCACGGGCCAGGAUACCACUACUGUCGCACAGAUGUGUCAGUGGGUGUGUUUCCCAUUUCCAUGGGCAUGGGCGCCAUGUUCGCUGUCGUCUACCUCGCCAUUGGGUUCUUAAUUGACAAGAUAGGCAAGAAAACGCUGCACUGCAGUAUAAUGUUAUUCUGCGGCGCGGCGACGAUAGGUGCUGCGUUUGUUCCUCAAGGCGGGCUCGCCACUGUGCUGCUCGUGCUGUCGCUGUGCUGCGGCUGCGCUGGCUCCAUCCUUGCUGCCAUCGCUGUCGAUGUCUUCCCAACGUGUCUCAGAGCGAUGGCGAUGUGCUUGAUGUACAUGGUGGGUCGCGCGGGCGCGGCUGUCGGCUCUAACCUGCUGGGUGCCACACUCGACCGUCACUGUCAGCUCGCCUUUACAUUCCUAGGCCUUUUUACUAUGUUAUCAACAAUAUUAAUGUUGUUUUGGCCCGCACCGGAACAUGUACGACGCAAAAUGGAAGAAAAAGGUCUAAGUUAUUAAGAAAUUUGUGUAAACGAGACUGAUUGGUUAAAGAAUAAAUGUUAAUGUUUACUCGAAUUCUUAAUGUAUGUUGCAUGUAUGAUUAAA